AUGGCCCCACGCAAAGAGAAAGCAGAGAAAGUAUCUGCAGAUGAAGCAGCUGCUAGCAUUCUUAACUAUCUUCGUAAGUUGCGUCAUCCCCUCCAGGCCACUGAUAUCUCGGCCAAUCUCCACAACAAAGUGACUAAAGCUGCCGCAGCCAAGAUCCUCAAGGACCUCCAUGAGCGCAAUGAGAUCGAAGGACGCGCGGCUGGCAAGCAGAUCGUCUACCACGCUCUCCAGAAUGCAGAUGACGCCAUAGCCCCAGAAGCACUCGCAGCCCUGGACACACAAAUCGUGCACCUCCGCACCAACACCACGACCCUGCUCAGCGCUGCAAAGACCCUGCGCAGCACUCUUUCCUCUCUCAAUUCCUCUCUCACAACUUCGGACCUUAUUUCUUCGGUCUUGGCCCUUCAGACCGAGAAAGCAGAGAUCUUGGUGAGGUUGGAGAAUCUGAGGGCCGGCAAGGCGAAGAAGGUAACGAAGAAGGAAAGGGAGCAGAUUGAGGGGGAAUGGAAGAAGUGGAGCAGCAUGAGCAAGCGAAGGGAGAAGAUUAGCUGUGAGAUGUGGAAGUUGGUGGAGGAUUGCUUGCCUGAAGGAGGGGACAAAGGGGAGGCUAGGGAGAGUCUAGGGCUUGAUGAUUAG